AUGGCAAAAUUAUAUUCAAAGACUGAAUUUAACAGUUUAAUGGAGAAGGUGGAGGCAGUUGAUGUUAGAGUAAAGAAUUACUUGAAUUUGGUGGAAUACGAUAAGUGGGCUAGAUCAUAUGCAUCAGUUCAUAAGGGAUGGACUUUGACAUUAAGCAUUGUCGAAUCAAUUAAUGUUGCACUAGUAUUGGCUAGAGAAUUACCAAUAUAUGAUUUUCUAGAGGAAGUUAGAUUGAUGUUUGGUAGAUGGAACUGUGAAAACAAACAGCAGGUUAUACCUGCAUCAGAAUAUAUAUGUAUAGUCCACGACAAGGAGAAACAUUUAACUGUUUGUCUUAAGGAAAAGAAACAUUCUUGCAAUGAAUUUCAGUUGGAUGAGAUACCGUGUGCUCAUGCUUGUACAGUUCUUGAUAGCAAGAAUUUUAAGAAGAGACCAUAUUGCUCUGAUCUAUACAAGCCAAAAACAGUCUUGAGAACAUAUGAUGUUCUAGUUUAUCCUCUACCACACAAAGAUGACUGGAUAAUUCCAAAUGAAAUUUUGGUUGAGGUAGUUCUGCCCCUAAAAUACAAGUGA